AAGGGUAGAGAAGAAACAGCUAGCAAGGAAACAAAUUGUUUAAUGUUGCUCACGAAGUUGAAAGGCGUAAAUGCUCUUUGAGUCUGUCACUCAGACAGCUCAGUGGGACAUCCAAAGUUGCUACUGAGCUAUAUACUGUAUGUAAAGUGGGAGUCUUUAGAAGGAAUGAGCGUCACGUAUUGAGGAAGUCGAACAGAAAAAGUAGCUAUCUGGAGUGCUAACCGCUGUCAUCCUCAUCAAGGAGAGUUCUUUGUUUGUUUUGUUUCUCAGAUCCGAGUAAUCAUGGAACGAAGCUAGUUUAUGUUUUUACUGUUGCCACUUAACAUGUGUGCAGGAGUUGACUAAGCAUGACAGGAAUGCAAGUGUUGAUAUAAACCUGAGUAGUCGAUCAUUCCUGGGACUAAACUAACAUUAGCCGACCCAGAGCAAGUUUAGCAGCAUAGUUGGGAUUUUUAACGUCGGCCCUGAAACGGACUGGAGGCACGGAAAUAUGGGCAACUGUCUGAAGUCCCCAACAUCCGACGACAUCUCUCUGCUCCAUGAGUCCCAGUCAGACAGGGCGAGUUUCGGUGACGGGACAGAUCCCGAUCUGGAGCCGCCUCCUCCGUACCAGGAGCAGGCUCACAUGCCCAUGUACCAUCCCACACCCAGUCAGGCCCGUCUGGCCACCCAGCUGACGGAGGAGGAGCAGAUCCGCAUAGCUCAGCGCAUCGGCCUCAUCCAGCACCUCCCAAAGGGCGUUUAUGAUGGAGGACCAGACGGUUCAGAGAAGAAGAUCAGAGAGUGUGUGAUCUGUAUGCUAGACUUUGUUUACGGAGACCCCAUUCGGUUUUUGCCAUGUAUGCACAUUUAUCACAUGGAUUGUAUAGACGACUGGCUGAUGAGAUCCUUCACCUGCCCCUCCUGCAUGGAGCCAGUGGAUGCCGCCCUGCUCUCCACCUACGGACCAACCGACUUCUCCCCCGAUGCUUAGGUCAAACUCAAGCCCCCUCGCAGCAAACCCCAAACCUAACAGCUGCCCUCUUGUGGAGUGAGAGGAGUUCAGAGAUGUAUCGUUUACCUUGCACUUUGGAAAUUUAAAAAAAAAUUAUUCGCCCAAUGUUGGCCUUUCAUUCUUCCGAGUUCUGAUGCUAAUUUAAGCUGGUCUUAAAACAUCAGUUACGAGUCAGAAACAGUUCCCCUGCAUGCGUGUGCUUCAGUGUGUUUGUUUCGCACAGGUUGUGUCGUGUGUAGUAGCAGGUUAAAGAACACAUUGGAAUUGUGAUUGUGUGUGUGUGAGAGCUCUGUGGUAAAUGAACAUUUUCAGUUGAGCUGGUCUCGCUUCACCAUGACUUUGUCACUUGGUCAAGAAAAUGGAUUCAAAUGAACGUAUAGUUUACCAAAUUACUGACUCUUAAGCUUAAUGAUUGGAACAUGUUUCUGCAACACUGAUCCAACUUAAAAAGGUCCUGUCCUUCCAUGGUGUGCAAAUACUAAGACAUACACUUGUCAAGUACAGAUUCCAAACAACACACGUAAAUACAACAUAAGUCACUCAGUAUAAUAGACUGAAUAUUUGUUACAUGAAUGUGGCACCAGAUGAUGUUUAGGUUGUCUGUCAAGGGCUGAUUUGUGCAUGGACAAUGAGUGGGAAGAGUCAGUCAAACUUUAGAAACGCUUGCUCACACCUUUCAUCUGAUCAGAGAUUUGCACUUUACUUAUAGGACAUUAUCUAAAACAACAUAUUAAUAUAUUUACCUUAUAACCUUGCACUAUCAAAACUUUCUUUUAUCUCCUGAGAUGCAGGAGUUAUAUAGCGGAUAAAAGAUAUUUCCCUACUGUCUGUAGUGAGUAAGCCUGAAGAUGCAUUUCAUAAAAUCUAUGAUCCAGCAGUGUGAACGUCUGUUUUGUUUUUCGUAUUUUAAUUUUGAUUUUUCUUUUUUUUUCUGUUUAAGAGAAGGGACAGAGGUUUGCUUGAGGUGAAGGGAGUAGUUUGACACUUUCAGAUCAGGAGUUUCCGAAAAGAGUGAUGGUGUCAGGCGUGUGCUGCAGACAAGUCUAUGCUUUUGUAGCAAACAAAUAAAAAUGAAUAUAUUGACUUGUCAAAGUGUAAAAUAAAACAGCACUAUCCAUCUGUAAGCCAGAUGUUUAUUAUGAUUUUGAUUUGUUUGUUCUUUUUUGUUUUUCAUCCAUUUUCUUCACAGUGUUUUUGUUAAGUUUGAAGGAGUCUUUUCUUGUGCAGUCAGUCUUCUUCUAGAUAGAAACUCUAGUUAUUUUAAUUGAGAUGCUCCAAUCAGCAUUUUUCCUGACCAAUACAGAUUUGCAGGGUCUUUUGUGUUGCCCUGUGAUGAACUUGUGGCCUGUUCAGGUUGUACACCACCUCUCACCUAAUGACCACUUGGGAUAGACAGGAGCUCCCACUUUGCCCUCCAUGUAUAAGCAUGUAUUGACCAUGGCUAGGUGGAUGUUUUUUGGGGGGGGAUUGUAGAACUUGAUACAGCUAUUUGUUUUGAGCCCAACAGAAAGUUAUGGUAUGACAGUUUAAUCCUAAUUUGUGCAAUAAAGCAUAUAUCCCUCAUUUUUUUAUACAUUUGGGCAAAAAAGUGCAUCAAAAUACACAAUAUUAGUUUAUUUGUUAAUUGAAUUGUGAGAGUUCUUAGCUUUGAUGCAUUUAGGAGAAACAAAUGCUUCAGUAAUUGACCUGCCAAUCUUUAAUCAAAGCUGGUCAAGGGAAAAUUGACUGAUAGGUGCAUCUCUACACCUUGGAAAUUUAAGUUUAACUUUUCAUGUGUUUGACAUAAGAAUUUAGAUUCAUUUAUUAAACACAAAUGUUUUGUUUUACUCUAAGUCACUGUAGCAGUAGUUGCCAUAGUUGUUCAUCUGAUUUGUAGCAUUAUGCAAUUUAAUUUUUUUGUCUUUUUCAGUUUAACUGUGUUUUUAUUUCACAUUUGUGUUAAAUCCACUGCACAUUUAGUACACUUACUAGCUAGCUUGUACGCUGUUUUUAUGUGCAAACCUGUCCCAGUAUUGAGAUUUCUUUUGUGGUGGUAAAAGUGAGACGUAAGAAGUAAAGUGAGACGUAAUGAUUUCCUCUUGCUUUUCCUUUAUUGUUUUUCAGUUUUAACUUUAUUCUGAGCAUUUCUUGUAAUCGUUUUAUUUCUGUCCCUUUGGAAGGCUAAGUCCUUGUGUAAACAAUAAAUUGGAGAGAAACUA